AUGGAUAAACGCAAAUUUGCAGUGCUCGUGCUUGAAUUGCCUCAAGUGAAAGAGUUGUGCGAAUUGAUGGGAGUAGAGUUUCAACCUCUAGCCCCUUCCCAAUCAAUUCAAGAACUUGCUGCCUCCAAAAGUGAUCUCCCUACUCCUAUUCCGACACCAACAACCACCAAACCCGCUUCAAACCUAGAGUCAGACUCAGCACCUGAAUCAGACCCUAUCGAGGAUGUGAUUGACCAAUUACCAUUGCCUACGAAGACCACGGAGGGGAAACUUCAAGACGAUACCCUAAAUAAUCUGACACCAAAUCCUUCUUUAAGUGAUUUUGAAAAGGAUUCGAUAGAUGAGAAUGAUGAUGAUGAUGAUGAUGAUGAUGAUGAUGAUACUUUCGUGGGACCUGACUCUCCUAUUAUCAGUAGUCCCAUAAAGUGUUCUCAAAAACCGAUAGUUCGAUUUGAUAUGAAUCAUUAUGGUGUACCAGAAGCCGAUGUCAACAAUGCCGCUGUUAACUAUACCACAUUCCCCAAGCCGUCACUCAAAAAGGUUACAUCACCGAACGAUACCGAACUAAUACUACCCCCUCAAAAGCGUCCUAAACGUCAUCAAUCGCUUGAAGAGUUUAGUCCGGCUGAUGUUUGGUCGUCAUCAGGCAAACUUUAUCUGGCUUGUGAGUGUUUCUGGUUAUGCAUCUUCGUCGCCAAAGCCUGUGGAUACAAUGACGAAGUUGACACAGCUACGUUGGCAAAGGCGGAAAGCGAUAUCGUUCAGUUUUACAAUGACAUAUCGCCUCGAAAAACGGUCAGUGUACUUCUGCAAAUUCAGGUGGAAAUAGUUUUUGAAAAGCUAGCGUCAAAGGGUUCAUUGAGAACUCUUAACGCUAUCCAAAAACUUUGUGGUGAGAUUGAUAUCUCAGCCGUUAUACCCUACCUUCAUUACGUCGCAGCUUGUAAGCAAUUACAGAUUGAACCCUUGAGAAUUCCAAGAUAUUGGUAA